GGCGCGCAGCCGCGUCCUCCCCUGCUCGUCGCCCGUGGAGCCCGGGCCGCGCCGUCGCCGCCGCUCGAGGGCAUGCGGCACCCGCAGGGGCCCCCCGCUCCCGGGCUCGGCUGCACGGGCGCGCGUGAGCGGAUGUUCUGUCCUUCUCCACCAUGAAUGAGUGUCACUAUGAUAAGCAGAUGGACUUUUUUUAUAACAGGAGCAACACAGUCACUGCCGAUGAAUGGACAGGAACGAAACUCGUGAUUGUCUUGUGCUUUGGCACGUUUUUCUGCUUGUUUAUUUUUUUUUCCAAUUCUCUGGUCAUUGCGGCAGUGAUCAAAAACAGAAAGUUUCACUUCCCCUUCUACUACCUGUUGGCUAACCUGGCUGCUGCAGAUUUCUUUGCUGGAAUCGCCUACGUAUUCCUGAUGUUCAACACUGGCCCGGUUUCCAAAACGCUGACUGUCAACCGCUGGUUUCUCCGCCAGGGACUUCUGGACACUAGCUUGACCGCCUCCCUGACCAACCUACUGGUCAUUGCCGUGGAGCGCCACAUGUCUAUCAUGCGCAUGAGGGUCCAUAGCAACCUGACCAAGAAGAGGGUGACACUGCUCAUUUUGUCCAUCUGGGCCAUUGCCAUCUUUAUGGGGGCAGUCCCCACACUGGGCUGGAAUUGCCUUUGUGACAUCUCCACCUGCUCGUCCCUGGCCCCCAUUUACAGUAGAAGUUACCUCAUUUUCUGGACUGUAUCCAACCUGGUGGCCUUUUCCAUCAUGGUUGCAGUGUACCUGCGGAUCUACAUGUAUGUCAAGAGGAAAACCAAUGUCUUGUCUCCACAUAUGAGCGGGUCCAUCAGCCGCCGAAAGACACCCAUGAAGCUAAUGAAGACCGUGAUGACUGUCCUGGGGGCCUUCGUGGUGUGCUGGACCCCAGGGCUGGUGGUUCUGCUCCUCGACGGCCUGAACUGCACCCAGUGCGGCGUGCAGCACGUGAAAAGGUGGUUCCUCCUGCUGGCGCUGCUCAACUCUGCCAUGAACCCCAUCAUCUACUCCUACAAGGAUGAGGACAUGUACAGCACCAUGAAGAAGAUGAUUUGCUGCUUCUCGCAGGAGACCAACCCGGAGAGGCACCCCUCCCGCCUGCCAUCCACGGUCCUCAGCAGGAGUGACACCGGCAGCCAGUACAUGGAGGACAGCAUCACUCAAGGCACGGGCUGUGACAAGAGCAAGAGCAGCUCCUGAGCUGCGACACCCGCCACCCACCUGGGACCUCCUCCCAGAGAAAAGAGCUGUUGAGCCUGGCUGUCUGCCUCCCGAGAAGUCCACAUACAGUGUUACUGGGGGGGGGGGGUCUCCAUUCAUCCUUUGUUGGGUUUUUCUUUUCUAAAAGGAAGGUUUUUACGUAGCUUAAAAGCACAAGCAGUAAAGAGAGCACACACUGCUUUUAGAGCAAAUGCACAGACAUUCUGGGGAGCCCCACCGCCCCCCGCCCCCCCGUCCCAUGGGUACUGCGCCCGUCUUGUAGCCAUCCUCCUGGUGUUUUAAAAGGAUGUGGUUAAAGGGCUUAGGGCAAAAUAAAUAAUCAUUUUUCUCGAGCCAUUUUACGUAGUGCUUGGAAAGCCUCUAGUUCUCUCUGCAUGCAUUUAAAACAAUUGACAGCGCUUCAGUAAUGAUCCUCCGAUCCUCCGAGAACCAUGGCUGGCCACAAGCAAGAUAUUCGGUAGGACUCUCAGAAUCAUAAAUCAAUAAGGGCUCCAGAUUAAGCAAACUUUUACUGAAAAAAAUUCUGAGGGAAAGACAAAAGAUUGAAAGUCAUAUUAAAAAAAUAUAAACAUCAAAAAUUCAUUUGAAGCAAAAAAAUAUAAGAUCUUGCAGUGUUCACCACAUGACAGGCAUGUGCUCGUGCUUCUUCAUAUUUAUACACUUGAACUUUAUCUUUAAAGAUGUCACAGAUAGGGGCUGGAGUGAUAGCACAGCAGGUAGGGCAUUUGCCUUGCACAGGGCCAACCCAGGUUCAAUUCCCAGAAUCCUAUAUGGGCCCCUGAGCACCGCCAGGAGUAAUUCCUGAGUGCAUGAGACAGGAGUAACCCCUGUGCAUUGCCGGCUGUGAUCCAAAAAGAAAAAAAAAAAAGUCACAAAUAGUGAUGGUGACAUAGAUCCACUGGCAGCCUAGACUUUCCAGUUUAGGACUACAGCUAAAUGUAGUAGCUAAUCUAUAGUUGAACAAAACAACCUUUUGUACUCCAUAAAAAAAAAGAGAAGAUUUAAAAAAUAACUUAAGCUUAUAGCAGCAUAAGAGGUAUAUUGGCAAGAUGUCUGCCUUCCUUACAUAUAGGAUAAAAUAUGAACUCAAGUCCUUAUUUUCACUUACCUCCAUACUGCUGGUGACUUGUCAGAUUUAGUAUGUGGAAUAAUUUUUUAUAUCUCAUAUUGUGCCUGUGAUUAUUCCAUAUUUCUGGUACUGGUUUCAGAUGUGAAAUGAAUUUUAAUCUCGGUUUUGUUUUAAAAAUGUUAUCCUUUAAAGACACAUGUAGGCGACAUGAAAGGCAAGUCAGAAAGAAAAAAACGUUUCACACACAUAGACUUCUGACCAAUGUUUUCUCUGUGUAAAGCAUUUAGAGUAUAAUCUGAUUUUAAGAUAAAGGCAAAUAUUAUAAUAUUUAUGUAGGUUGCAAAAGAUGUUUACAUUUUUUGCUAUUUUGAUAUAACAUUUAUGUGCAAGAACUACUUGGAAUAAAAGGAUUUGAGAAGUCAUGCUUUGAGAUAUAGUGUCCUAAAACAGAAAGUAUUAUGAUUUGAAGGUGUACAUUUUACCAACUGUGUAGUAAGUAUCUUAAGCUUAUGUCAAUGCUACCUAUGA